GCUUCUCUGGUCGAUCUGGCUGAGUCGGUAAGAACCGUUUCCGUGAUAAAAUCACACAGUAGCAGCGCGCACCGAAGGUCUGGGCUGGUACCGAAUUCUCAACGAACAGCAGGAGCCGGCCGUGAAGAGCUGCACACAAAUACCCGUACCAGCACGGCGACUACGGACAUCCUGGACGAGGACACUGUAGCGAAUGAUGCCACGGCUGAACUCGAAACUGCAGGAGAGGCUGUCGGUGCAAUGUCCAUCAUUCAGACAAGCGAGGACGAAAGUCACCGCGCGAACGCGACUAUGACUCUGGUGCGGGAAACCAGCAUUUAUGAUCUGAACGGCGCGGCAGAGAAAGUCGUCCCGGAUCUGGAAAACGCGCAAGACGAAUACUUGCGGCUGUUCUGCGGAGGUAUACAUUGAAUUUUAUUUUGUAGUCAAUUUGGUGAAACUCAAAUUAGUUCCAAGGGAGAGCAGCAGCGGUGGUCAAACUUAUUUACUACGGUGACAGCAUGCGUUGUUUCUGUUUGAUAGUUCGUUGAGAUACGCAAUUGAGUCGCAAACUGCUAACUUCUACUUCUCUUUCCAAAUCCACAGGUGACUGGAUCCGCUCGGGUCUGGACGGAAAGAACUCGCUUUUUGAGUACCUGCUCGAAGAUUCCGGCGCGUGUGCGAUCACGCGCAAGACCGGAUUGAAUUUCGGGCAGGAGUUUGUCAAAGCGGGUAGCUGCUGUGUGCAGGACUGUCCGACCUUUUGGGUGCCCACAAUCACGGAGUUUUCGCUGCAUUUAAACGCGGACACGCCCUACUACUUCGCGCCACCAUAUUCCCUGGUGAAGCGCUGCGCACGCCUCGCGGAAUGAGCGCUUCUGUGUUUCGCGUUUGGCGACACCGGGAUAACUGUGCUUUCUGAUUCUUGAGGCUGACAGUAGACCGCUAAGGAGCUUUUUGACAUUACGGAACAGUAAAGAAGUGUCGAUUGUUUUAAGUGUACUGAGUGGUCUAUUCUGCCCUGUCGUAUGCAGAUCUUUGUUCUUGCGUAGCUUGUAAUUCAAGAGUUUUUAGUCCAUCCUAUCCCUCUAUUUUCACUGCCUAUUCCACAUUCUCCCAAUCACAGAAUCGUUUUUUCAUCACAUGGUAAUUUCAUUUUACAAUAACAGCGAAUUAUGCAAUUAUCCCGACCCAAUUCAAGAAGUUUUCCUUGCUUUGUUGCAUACCUAGAGACGCUCUCAACUUUUCUCAGUAGCCCCGCCAAAUUCAGAACCCCAACGAAAAACACUGGAAUGCAAUAUAAAGCGUCAUAAAAACAGAGAAGACCGUCCGAGCACGACCCCCCUGAACAAAUUUGGAAAUAACAUUCAACAGACAAGAACAAGAUUUUUGACCGAGCGACAAUAUGAAUAUGGCUGUUCUUCUCUUCAUCCUUACCCUAUGUCAAGUUUUUAAUCAUCCUUGCGACC